UCACUAUCACUAUCAGUCUUCCCUUCCACAGAUCCACAAGAAAUGUUUUUCUUUCACACUCCCCAGCCCGAGGCUGAAGCCUGAGCUGAAGCUCCAAAAAGGCAAAGCUAGUAAAGGCGAAAAUAGUAAGUCACAGUACUUGGAGAGAUGUUGAAUCGCAGCCUAUUUUGUGAUCAUUACAGUAGAUCUAACCGGCCUGUGCGAUGCACAGGUCACAGCGAACGCUACAAUGUAGCUAGCUAGCUGUAGAUAUAGAAGUGCCAGUAGAACCCUACCUGCCUGAUACACGCAGCCAGCUGCUUUUUGUUGGUAGCAGAAAACCAGAAAACAUUUUGUGGAGCCGGCGCUGUGGGAGGCGACUUUGCGCUUGGCGUGGUGAAAGCUGUGCAUGCAUCAUCCCCCAACUAAAGUAAAGAGUAAGAACGACUAGAAACUACAAACAUUGUGGAGCCUGCAGCGUGUACAGCUUCAAGAUUCCUUGUGAAGUGUAGUGUGAUGGAGCGCUUGUGAAUCUGUGACAGGCAGCGGUGUCUCUCCUUCGCAUCUAUUCGCUAACAGAAUCAAUCGAGCUGCGAUCCGUUGUAAAGAUCGUCGCUGCCAGCUAUGAUCUACAAGACCAGUGCGCUUUGGAUAGUAACAGUAAAAUAAUAACCUAGGCAAAGGAGACAUCGGUGCGAACCAGAGUGCAUGAUUGCAGACUGCAAGUAAUGACUGGUGUUGCAACACACAGCACUCUAUACUAAUUACUAGUCAGCAUGGACAUGCCAACGGGAAAUGGUCGCCUGUUGCUACUAUCUGGCGACAUGGCGCUCACGGCAGAGCUGAAUGCACAUAGCAGACUGGCAGUCAGUGUGGUAGACAGCACUGAGAGUUUAGUGCAGUUGGCUAGUGCUGCAGGCCAGGAGGAUUGCGUGGAGAUGGCAGUCCUGGACGCGUCGGGUUAUGGUUGCGACCGGAUGAUGACGGUUUGCCAACAGCUUCGCCAGUCCAAUCCACAGAUAUUUCUCUGCGUAUACGGCAAGGGGGCCGAUGUCAGUGCACACGCUCGCCAACACCUGGCCGAGAAAACUGGCGCUAUGCUGUGCCAAUGCGCUCAGGAUAUCGUGACAGUAAGCGAACAUAUCCAGGUUAGCCUGCAGCGGCACGAGGGCGACACAACGACACACACCUGCCCGGCAUGCAACAGGUGCGGGCUGACAGAGGAUGGACUGUGGCACCACUAUCCACUGUACCACGCCAGCGAUACCAUGAACACAAAGAAGAAGUGCCCGGUAUGCAAGCAGCAGCCUGCGAAAAACCUCAGGCGUCACCUACGUAAUCACCACGGGCCUGCCCUGCGCGGAGAAGUACCGGUGGAGCCGGACAAUGAAGAGCUGAACGUCCUGGCAUCGGCCAUGGCCGUCGUACAGCGCUCCGACAAGAGAAUCCUGAUGGUGCUCGAGUCGAGGAGUAGAGGGUACUGGCUUCCCGGUGGAAAACUUGUUACUGGUGAGGGGCUAUGCGAGGCAGCUAAGCGAGAGGUUCUUGAAGAGACUGGCAUGCAAGUGGAGCUUGUCGGCGUACUCAAGUUUGAAUUCAUCCCCAGAGUUUCUGCCAAAGGCCCGUUUCACCGGAUGCGCUGCACUUUCCUGGCACGGCCUCUCGACGAGGAUGCUAAGAUAAAGACAAUCCCAGACUCUGAGAGUGCAGGAGCAGCUUGGGUGAACCGUGCCGAAUUGGAGACUGACAGUUUACGCGUACGAAACAGCACACCGCUGGCUUGGGUACAGUACUUGGAGGAAGGCAAGCCCGUCUUCCCACUAUCAAUUGUGGACUCACCAUAGCAUAUAGGCCACUGUAUGCGGCUCUGCAUGUGCACGGACACUGCGCUGGCUGUAUACACCGGUUUCCGUGACAAACAAUCUAUUUAUUUUAAAAGUUAAAGAUGAAUGUGGAUAACGUCUGAAAGCCAAACUGAACUGGAAAUGAGACGAACUACAUGCAACAGUUGUAGCUCGGUGCCUCAAGAGAUGACCAGACUACUCUUGGUACCACUGCUGCUUUACCGGGCUAUCAACAUCACAUUGAUGAUGAAUGUACUUCAGGACUACUUCAAGUAUGAACGUUGGCGUAGCUUCAUGGCACCAUGCCUGUAGUGACGCGAUUAUGAUGUUGUUCCAAGCCUUGCAGGCGGUGCCUGCUUGCUUGCUGCUAGCUCCCACUCUCUGCAAUGCGUGCUUUUUGUCGAAUCUUCCAAUCAACAUGG